CGCAAUUUGAUGAUUGCUUUGGUUGAAUCCUCGGUCGACGCGCUCGCCGGCGUGUGGCAGGGCUCCCACGACAUGUGGACGUCGCUCUGGAUGCGCGUGUCCAGCAGCGCGUCUGACUUUAACCUGUGGGUCUGGGGCACCCUCAUCUCCCACCUGCUCGUCUUCUGGCUGCUCAACGCAUUCUACUUGACGGUCGACUUGACUCAGAAACCGAAAUGGAUGCUCAAGUUCAAGAUUCAAGACGGACAGAACCAGCCAGUCGACAAGGCGCGCUUGUACAGCGCCAUCAAACGCGCCCUGUUCAACCAGCUCUUCAUGAUGCCAGUGUUUUCGGCAGCGUCGUUUGGACUCGCUCAGGCGCGCGGGAUUGAAUUUGGAACGCCUCUGCCGAGCUUCCAAACCAUCAUUUUCCAUCUCGCAUGCUAUGGCGUUGUGGAGGAAAUCAUGUUCUACUACAGCCACCGCCUGCUGCACUGGGGCGUCCUCUACAAGCGGAUUCACAAGCUGCAUCACGAGUGGACUGCUCCGAUUGGCAUCACGGCCAUUUAUGCGCAUCCCAUCGAGCACCUGCUGUCGAACCUGAUUCCCGUCGCUGCUGGUCCUCUGAUCAUGGGCUCGCACCUCGUCGUGUUCUGGAUUUGGUACUCGCUUGCCAUCUUUGUGACGUGCACCGUGCACUCGGGCUACCAUCUGCCAUUCAUGCCGUCCUCCGAGUUCCAUGAUUUCCACCAUCUCAAGUUUACCAACAACUUUGGCGUGCUGGGCUUCCUUGAUUGGCUUCAUGGCACCGACAAGACUUUCCGGGCGUCCGUGCAGUUCCAGCGCCACUUUACGUCCAUGUCUCCGCGUUCUCUGAAAGAGAUUGUGCCCGACGUGAAGGCCAAGGCUGCGGACGCCAAGUCCAACUGAACGCGUUUCGAUGUGUCGUUGUGUUGGUGGGUUUGAAUUUUUUUGUGGUUUUCGUUUGCCGUCGUUGUUGUGAUGAGCAGCACUGUCAAUAUCUACUUUUCGCCUCUC